AUGAGUGGAAUACUUAAUAAUCCAACUAUGAUGUCGUUGCCAUCAUCUCCGGCAACAAUUCCACAGCAGUAUCAACAACAGCAGCAGCACCAGCAACCUCCCGCACUGUGGAUCAUAAGUGAUGUUGAGCAAAAGCAAAACGAUAUUCAAUUCGCAACGUUAAAUCCAAUUAAUGGUCUUGUUUCGGGUGAACAAACCAAAGCACUCUUCAUGAAGUCGGGACUUCCUGCACAGAUACUUGCACAAAUUUGGCAGUUGGCUGAUUACAAUAAAGAUGGUAAAGUUGAUCGGCAUGAAUUUUCGAUUGCGAUGCAUCUGAUUCGUGCUGUUAUGGCUGGAGUGCCUCUCCCACCAACACUACCUGAUACAAUGAAGCCCAAGUCAACAACACCAGCAUUCGGUAACAUAUUAAGCACAACGAGUAGUCCCAUUGGUAUAAUGCAACCGCCACCGUCAUCAAUGGCCACUCAUCAGCGGUUAGGAAUGAGUUUUGAUGCAAGUGCUGGUAAAUCCUUACCGACUGGUCUAACUGGUUUGAUGAUGGGCGGCAUAACGGCCAGUUCAAUUCCAUCAACACCAGCCGGUGGUGUGAUGAUGAUGCAGCAACCAACAUCAUUUCAACCACACAUUCCUACCGCUAGUCUUACACCUCAAUCGCAAUCUCCUGCAUUCGGUCGUCAGCAAAAUGACUGGUCGAUAGCACAUGCAAAUAAACUGAAAUAUUGUCAGCAGUUCAAUCAGCUUGAUAAGGGACGUGUUGGUAGUUUGAGUGGUGUUCAUGCCAGGAAUGUUCUAGCACAAAGUCAAUUGCCGAAUAUAACAUUGGCUGAAAUUUGGAAUUUGUCUGAUGUGAACAAAGAUGGACGUUUGAAUGUUGAAGAAUUUUGCAUCGCUAUGCAUCUGAUUGAUUCCGUUAAGGCCGGUUUCGCGCUUCCAAAGAUACUGCCAUCGGAAUUGUUGGCAGUGUGUGUACGCUCGAAGAGUGAAUCACCGGUGAUAAUGAUGGAUAGUGGCGAGAUGAGUAAUAAUCAAAUGAGUGCUGCUCUAAACGCUGGAGGUGCGACGGUUGCGGGUGGUGCUGGUGUAAUGCUACCGGCACAGAAGGUACAGCCGUUACGUACGUUCGAAGAUAAACGUCGUGAUAAUUAUGAUCGUGGCCAGAUCGAACUCGAUCGACGUCGACAGAUCUUACGUGAAGAGGAGGAAAGACGUAAAGCUGAGCGAGAAAAAAAGGAACGAGAAGAGCGAGAAAAAAGAGAGCGUGAACGUGAAGAGAUCGAGAAACGUCGACGUGCUGAGAGGGAGGCCGAACUGGAGCGAGAACGAGAGCGAGAGGCGGCUAGACAAGCCGAGGAACGCCGUAUUCUGGCAGAGAAAGAGGAAGCUAGACGUGAAAUGGAGAGACAACGUAAAGCUGAUUUGAUUGCAAUUCGGAUUCGUGAAAUUAAGUCUCAACGACAGAAUGAAAUCGAUAAUACGGCCCAGCGGCAGCAACGCCAAAAGACACUUUCAUUUCAGUUACAAGCGUUAAAUGAAAAAUCUGAUGAACUUAAUGCUGGAAUAACGAAGGCUCGUGAUCGUAUUGUACAAAUAACCAGCGAAAUUGAAUCAAUGAAAGCGCAGCGAGAUGAGAAGAUGGCCGUUAUUCGUGCGAAUGAAACGAAUAAUCAAAAUGCGAGUGUACAAUGUGAACGUUUGGCGCAUGAAAGUCUUCAGUUACAAGCCGAAAAUCAGAGUUUGAGCGGUGGGAGUCAGAAAAUCGAACAACUUCAAGCAUCCAUGGAAGUCCUGAAUAAGACGAGUCACCAACUUCAAGAACAACUACAAAAUGCCGAUAAUAGGGGUCAAUUGCAACAGCAAUUGGUUUCAAAGAAGGCAACAGAAGUGGAAGAAUCACGGAAGCGUUUAAUGGAGUUGAUUGAAAUGAAUUCAUCAUUACGUGAGCAGUUACUGAGCAUUCAACAGAAGGCAUCUGAUAAGAUUCAGCAGCAACAACAACAACAACAACAAGCAAUUCAAAACGCUCGUGUUCAGCAAACUUUUUUGAAUGAAACAACAGCAACAGUGAGCAACAAAGAAUCAGGUUUUGCUGCUAAUAGUGGUGGUGUCGAGCAGAUUAGAGGACAAACCGCAAGAUCAGAUACUGCACCGCGCAAUGGUUCGACGACGGCAACGAUGGCUAGUGGAGCUAUUCAAGGAAGUUUGGAAUCUGAAGCGACUGCAGGAGAAGGAGGUGGCUCAUCAGUGUCCACUUCAUUGCCACAAGCUCAAACCAGUAGCACUGGAACAGCGGUGAAAUAUCGUGCGUUGUAUGAGUUUGAGGCUCGAACAGAAGACGAACUAAGUUUCCAACCAGGAGACAUAAUUUUGGUCUUCGAAGGGCAUACAGCUGAGCCGGGUUGGUUGGCCGGACAAAUGCGUGAUAAGGUGGGGUGGUUCCCGCUGGCAUUUGCUGAGCCGAUCGCGUCCAUAAAUACAAUUUCUAGUCAGCCUCCUCCGCAAACUGUAUCAGCCGUAAUGUGCUCUCCAUCCAGUGAGCCGUUGCAAAGUAUCAGCGAAGAACCAGCAUUAGCGAUGGCUUUGAGUUCGACAAGCGCGACUCGAUCGAAUGAAUUGCAGUCGCAACAACAGCAAGCUAUUCUCGAUACUACUAAUGUAGUAGCAACGGCAGUGGGAGGAUCCGUAGUGGAUGAAUGUUCGUUGAGCAACGUUGUUGCAAGUUGCAAAUCGUCACCUUCAAAUGAUAACAUCGCCAAAACACCACCACUGCUAUCAUCACCAAAACAACAACAGAGUACUGCAGUCGAAAGCAACGCAUCAACGCCAGUCACAGCCUCGCAGAGCAACAUUGGUCUAGCAGUAGCACAAUAUCAGUGGAAGGCACGCAACGAUACAGAGCUGAACUUGACAAAAGGCGAUACAGUGGAAGUGUUGGAACAGCACGAAAUGAGAUGGAAGGGUCGUAAUCAAAGUAGUGGCGCGAUUGGAUGGUUCCCGAAAUCGUAUGUGAAGAUGCAUGAAGAUGGUGCAAAUGAGCAAGUAACAAGCAGAAAGAGUAGUUCACCAACAAAAUCAGUGCCACAACAGCAGCAACAAAGAGCGUCCUCAUUAAGUGGUCAAGAAACAGCUAUUACAGAUAGUGCUCAAAUAAGUAAAGACUCUUCGUUAACGACUGCAGCGAGUUUCGAUAAUGAAAAUAUGAAGAUGAGAACCGUUGAUGGCCAACAACCUUGUGCUGCUGGUGCUGGAGCAUCUGCAAUUCCAAUUUAUGAUAUUGUUUCAAAUGAGCCUGAUGAACACGAAGACACUAAUAUAGCAACAGCAGCAGCUACAACAACAAGUGCUGAUGAAAAUGAGGGUGAAUGGUACAUAGCAUUGUAUGAUUUCAAAGCGACCGAACCAACAGAUUUGGAUUUGAAAGCUGGUGAUCGUAUUUUGGUGAGUGAAACGAGUGAUGAUUGGUGGAAAGGUACUUGUAAUCAACGUUCGGGCAUUUUUCCAGCCAAUUACGUCCAGAAAUGCCCUGAGAGUACGCCUGAGGCUGCUGCCUCUUUAUUGGCGAAUACCACUUCAGCCACAGGUGUUGGGGAAGGUGUUGCUGAAACAGGUGGAACAAUCCUUGGAAUCGGACGUGCCUUGGCAUCAUUCGAGGCUACUGCAGAGAAUCAGUUGAGUUUACAUGUGGGUGAUACUGUGACAAUUAGAAGUAAGUCACCAGCCGGUUGGUGGCAAGGAGAGAUUAUGUCAAUUAAUGGUGUAAAACGUGUGGGAUGGUUCCCGGGCAAUUACGUUGAAAUGAUACAACAAGAGAGUGAAUUACUCGCUGAAGCGUUGUACGACUAUUCGGCACAACGCGACGAUGAGCUGUCGUUUAAGAAUGGUGAUUUAAUCGUUGUCACCGAACGUUUCGACAAUGAAUGGUGGAAGGGCAGAUUGCAAAUGAUGAAUGCUGGCCAAGAAGCACUCUUUCCAGCCAACUACGUAAGGCUUAGGUCAUGCAAUUGGCCGAUUGGCUCCAUCGGAGAAGUGGAAAAUAAAUUGGUGGGUGGUGGGGAGAGGGUGGUGGAUGGAUGGGUCGUUCGUGCUGAUUAUGUGACGACGACCACGAUGAUGCAAGGCGGCCAAUCGAAAACAGCCAAACAAAGUGCAGUUUUAGGAACCGGAGGAGGUGCAAGUGAAACUGGAGACAGAAAUGCUAUACUAAAAGAACUACAGCAAAAGUUGGUGACGAAACGAAGCGAUGGUGAUAUGAUGGCGACUCCUCCAUUUGCAGCUGAAUCAAUAAGUCCAGCAAACGCCGAAGUCUCUAGCUUAUUUACAUCACCCACGUCGAGCAUGUCUUAUUUUGCUCAGCAACAAGCGCAUUUCAAAACUUCGUCAUCCUCAUCUAUAUCGUCUAAUCGCAUUUCUUCCGAGCGAACGAACAUUAAUCAAAUGGCUGCUGCUACAUCGAAUGCAAAUCAAACAGCACCAAAUAUUUCAUCGAGUAGAGUCACCAAUCUAACUGAGGAAUUGUUGGAAACGGAAAUUCGAUUCAAACGAGACUUGAUGAUGUGUAAAGAUGUGUUCGCAGUGCCGAUAACAUCGAUCAUUGGUCAGUCUCUCGCUGAUCAUUUAUUCUUGAAUAUUGAUCAGCUGAUCAGCAAUUCUCAAGAAAUCAUCAAUGCUUUGCAAAAUGCAAAGCCACCUACAAAUGUCGGGAAAGUUUUUGUGGAAAAAAUGCCACUUAUGGAUGCGUUCGUAACGUUUUGCUCGAGUCAGCAGUCUGCACUAGAGCUCUUAAAUGAACUCGAGUUGAACAAUUUAGAAUUCCAGCAGACAUAUCGUCAUUGCUGUGAAUCGAGACGAUCGCGCGGAUUGAAUCUCAGCUAUUUGAUGCUAUUACCAAUGGCUCGUAUUACUCGUUAUCCACUGUUGUUUGAAAAGCUGCUCAAGUACACGCCAAAAACAGAUGAAAAUUAUAAAUAUUUGGAAAGCGCAUAUGUAAUGUUGAAAUCGAAAUGUGCCGAAGUGAAUGAAGUAAUUUGUGAGAUGGAUAAUGCGAACAUGUUAUUAUGGGCACAACAUCACUGUCGAUGUGAUAGUAUAGAACCAAAGAUUCUUUUUCCGUCAACAACGAGAAAGGUUGGGCCGCGACUCUUUUUGCAUUCAGGAAUACUGCAAAAACAACGAAGUGGCAGAAUACUGGUUGGAAUUUUGUUCAAUGAUUUUCUUUUAUUGACUACACCAAACGAACCAAUUGAGGAGUUGGACGGUUUUAAAAUCACAAAAAAUAGUGAUAUUCAAUUGAAUCUGUAUAAAAGCCCAUUAUUAUUGAGUGAUCUGUAUGUGGUACCGAGAGAGAAAGACACAGAUGAAUGUGCACUUGUUCUGAAACACGGUUCGGAGACGAAUGCGCUAUCGUUGGACUCAUCAGCACAAGGUCGUUUGUUAAUCGAAUUGAUGCAAGUGCGUAAUGCUGCAUCUUAUGAAGCGUUGGUGGCAAAAUCACCAAAAUUAAUUUGUGAAUUUCAACUUGGUGAUAACAAAGUGAAUUCAGAAAUUAAUUUAUUACAAAAUUGCAAUAGUGGUAAUAUUGCUAGUAAUAGUAUUGGCAACAGCCGUGCUGUUGAUAAAGACUCGCCAUCAUUAUUCACUACACAGCUACCAAUUAUUCAAAAUGAUAAUAAAGGUGAUAAGAUUGCAAGAAAUAAUCCAAAUACUACACGAUUUCGAGUACUGAUAUUUCUGCCGAGACUCUAUUCUCCUGAUAUUUGUGUUGUGGAGGUGCUGCGGGAGGCUGGUUUGUUAUCGUCAAAUUCGUUGUACAAAUGUUUUAUUGAUUCCAUUUUGAGUCAAUGCUGA